CGCGAAUUGUCAUUGUCUUUGGAUCUUAUCUGUUAUUUAGUGUAUUUCAGAGCACGUGCAGUUCUUUUUAAAAAACCUUUCAAGUCUGGACAUACAGGCUGACUUUGUUACAUUUGUUUCUUUUCUUGAAAUACGCAGAACUGGUUGCACUUGUUUUUGAGAUGUGCUGAAUUUGACAGAAUGGAGGAUUUCUGGACCAAGUGGAAAUCUAAAAGUUGGUUUUAAUUGGUUGCCCACAGGAUUGACUUGGCCUCUACUUCUUGUUAAGAAAAUACAUCUCUUGUUUUAUCAGGUGUUUGUGCUUUCAGCGCAGCAUGGCUGUGGUCAUCCGUUUGCAAGGUCUCCCAAUUGUGGCGGGGACCAUGGACAUUCGCCACUUCUUCUCUGGAUUGACCAUCCCUGAUGGGGGCGUGCAUAUUGUAGGGGGUGAACUGGGUGAGGCUUUCAUCGUUUUUGCCACUGAUGAAGAUGCAAGGCUUGGUAUGAUGCGCACAGGUGGUACAAUUAAAGGGUCAAAAGUAACACUAUUGUUGAGUAGUAAAACGGAAAUGCAGAAUAUGAUUGAACUGAGUCGUAGGCGUUUUGAAACUGCCAACUUAGAUAUACCACCAGCAAACUCUAGUAGAUCAGGACCGCCUCCUAGCUCAGGAAUGAGUGGCAGGGUAAACUUACCUACAACAGUACCCAACUUUAAUAAUCCUUCACCCACUGUAGUUACUGCUGCUACUUCUGUUCAUGAAAGCAACAAAAAUAUACAGACAUUUUCCACAGCCAGCAUAGGAACGGCUCCUCCAAAUAUGGGGGCCUCCUUUGGGAGCCCAACGUUUAGCUCAACUAUACCAAGCACAGCCUCUCCAAUGAACACAGUCCCACCACCACCAAUUCCUCCAAUCCCAGCGAUGCCAUCUAUGCCACCAAUGCCGUCUAUUCCCCCAAUACCCGUUCCUCCUCCAGUACCUACAUUGCCUCCUGUGCCUCCUGUGCCCCCAAUGCCCCCAGUACCUUCUGUGCCACCCAUGACCCCAUUGCCACCCAUGUCAGGUAUGCCACCCUUGAACCCUCCACCUGUGGCACCACUACCUGCUGGAAUGAAUGGCUCUGGAGCACCUAUGAAUCUGAACAAUAACCUGAACCCUGUGUUUCUGGGUCCAUUGAAUCCUGUUAAUCCUAUCCAGAUGAACUCUCAAAGCGGAGUGAAACCACUUCCCAUCAAUCCUGAUGAUCUUUAUGUUAGUGUACAUGGAAUGCCCUUUUCUGCAAUGGAAAAUGAUGUCAGAGAUUUUUUCCAUGGGCUCCGUGUUGAUGCAGUGCACUUGUUGAAAGAUCAUGUGGGUCGAAAUAAUGGGAAUGGAUUGGUUAAGUUCCUCUCCCCUCAAGAUACCUUUGAAGCUUUGAAAAGAAACAGAAUGCUGAUGAUUCAACGUUAUGUGGAAGUUAGCCCUGCCACAGAGAGACAGUGGGUAGCUGCUGGAGGCCAUAUCACUUUUAAGCAAAGUAUGGGACCUUCUGGACAAACCCAUCCCCCUCCUCAGACACUUCCCAGAUCAAAAUCGCCCAGUGGGCAGAAAAGAUCAAGGUCAAGAUCACCACAUGAGGCUGGUUUUUGUGUUUAUUUGAAAGGGUUACCAUUUGAAGCAGAAAACAAGCAUGUCAUUGAUUUUUUUAAGAAGUUGGAUAUUGUGGAAGAUAGUAUUUAUAUUGCUUAUGGACCCAAUGGGAAAGCAACUGGUGAAGGCUUCGUAGAGUUCAGGAAUGAGGCUGACUAUAAGGCUGCUCUAUGUCGACAUAAACAAUAUAUGGGCAGUCGUUUUAUUCAAGUUCAUCCAAUAACUAAGAAGGGCAUGCUAGAAAAGAUAGAUAUGAUUCGAAAAAGACUGCAAAACUUCAGCUAUGACCAGAGGGAAAUGAUGUUGAAUCCAGAGGGGGAUGUCAGUUCUGCCAAAGUCUGUGCCCACAUUACAAAUAUUCCAUUCAGCAUUACCAAGAUGGAUGUUCUUCAGUUCCUAGAAGGAAUUCCUGUGGAUGAAAAUGCUGUUCAUGUUCUUGUUGAUAACAAUGGGCAAGGUCUAGGACAGGCAUUGGUUCAGUUUAAAAAUGAAGAUGAUGCACGUAAGUCUGAACGCUUACACCGUAAAAAACUUAAUGGGAGAGAAGCUUUUGUUCAUGUAGUUACUCUAGAAGAUAUGAGAGAGAUUGAGAAAAAUCCCCCUGCUCAAGGCAAAAAGGGGUUAAAGAUGCCUGUGCCAGGUAAUCCUGCAGUUCCAGGAGUGCCCAAUGCAGGAGUGCCCGGUGCAGGAGUGCCUGGUGCAGGAGUGCCCAGUGCAGGAGUGCCCGGUUCUGGAGUGCCCAGUGCAGGAGUGCCCGGGGCAGGAGUGCCUGGGGCAGGAAUGCCCGGCGCUGGAGUGCCUGGCGCUGUGAUGCCUGGAGCUGCCAUGCCCGGCCCCGCCAUGCCUGGUGCUACCAUGCCCGGUGCUGUGUUGCCCGGUGCUGCGAUGUCUGGUGCUGGGAUACCUGGCCCGGGGAUGCCCGGCCCGGGGAUGCCUGGUGUGGGGAUACCUGGUGCAGGGAUUCCUGGUGCAGGAGGUGAAGAGCAUGCCUUCCUGACCGUAGGGUCUAAGGAAGCCAAUAAUGGGCCUCCAUUUAACUUUCCUGGUAAUUUUGGUGGGUCAAAUGCCUUUGGACCACCACUCCCUCCUCCAGGAUUAGGAGGGGCCUUUGGUGAUGUUAGGCCUGGUAUGCCUUCCGUUGGAAAUAGUGGUUUGCCGGGUUUAGGACUGGAUGUUCCAAGUUUUGGUGGUGGACCAAAUAAUAUAAGUGGGCCAGGAUUUGGAGGGGGCCCUCAGAAUUUUGGAAAUGGUCCUGGUGGCUUAGGUGGCCCUCCUGGCUUUGGAACUGGCCCUCCUGGUCUUGGGAGUGCCCCUGGGCAUUUGAGUGGACCACCAGCCUUUGGGCCUGGGCCUGGCCCUGGGCCAAUCCAUAUUGGUGGUCCCCCUGGCUUUGGAUCUAGUUCUGGAAAACCAGGACCAACUGUAAUUAAAGUGCAGAAUAUGCCCUUCACUGUGUCUAUUGAUGAGAUUCUAGAUUUCUUUUAUGGUUAUCAAGUGAUCCCAGGCUCAGUAUGUUUAAAAUACAACGAAAAAGGUAUGCCCACAGGUGAAGCCAUGGUGGCCUUCGAAUCUCGUGAUGAAGCCACAGCUGCUGUCUUUGAUUUAAAUGACAGACCUAUUGGCUCAAGGAAAGUAAAACUUGUAUUAGGAUAGCUGUUCACAUCAGUUCUUUAUAGGGUAGCUUCAUAGUGCUGUGAUUAAAUGCAUCCAGAUUGUUUCCUAGUAUUUCCAGGUUAGAACCUGUGGAUUGACUCAAUUGCAUAUAGAUUGGUUUUCAUAACAUAGAGCAUUGGUUGACAGAAGACUCAUUCAUUAUAGGGAUAAACAUUGCUGUAUGUUACAGUAAAACUAUCUGGAGGGAACACAAAAAUGAUUUUGGUAUACCAUUAGAGAAACCAUUUGUAAAACUCAAAUGACCAUAUAACGCAUAUCAAGGAAUCUAGAUUGGUUUUGUUUUAUACCGAUGAGGUGAAGAAAAUAGAAAUGUCAGUAAGAGCUCCUAAGAGUGCUCUUGCCAGCUGCUGAAAAAUAGAAGUUGGCUACUAUUGGAAUUUGGUUUCAAGCUGGACGGAUUUGCUUUGUUAUAGGGUCAAAGCUUUGUCUAAAGUCCUUAUUUUCUUUUCAAAUUAAAUAAAAUCUCUGUAUUCAGAUUCACUGUAUGUACCUUUAUUGCUUCUUGAGGGUUCUUGCUGUACAGACAGUCAUGCUUCUGAAGUUGCUGCUUUGUUUGCCUAAUUGACUCAUUUGUAAAUGAGCAGACUGUUUUGUUGUUUUAAUAUAAAACUCCCGGUAUUUGGUUUGUGCUAUGACCUUGAAUUUUUGUUUCUAAUGUCACACUUAUAACUGUGUGAAAAUACUCUUGCCACAAAAAUAAAAUAUGUAGUCCUCUACCUAUCAGAGCCUUUUGGUUUGACCGCCAAGUUUUAGUUUAGUCAGUUAAAAAAAAAUUUUUUUUUUUGAAUGGCAUCAAAACCCAGAAACCACUUUUUAAUAAUCACUGUUUACAACUUUAUUUGAAGUUCUGUCCAUGGUAGAUUGAUGUUCUGGCAGUCACCUUUUGUCCCAAAUUUAUGUGAAAUUUUGACCUGUAACUAAACAGAGCCCAUUCAUAAGAAAGAGCAUUAUUAUUAUAUCUUGAGUUUUAAAGUUAAAACUUAGUUCUGUUAGCAGAAAUUACAGAAUAAAAGGAUCCAUAAGCUGAUCUGUAGAUUGAAAAGCAUUCCUGUUACUUGGAGGCUUUUUGGUCUGGUUGUUUGAUCAGUAGCCUGUUUACAAAAGAUAUUCAUAUAGAGAACAAGUAUAGCUGCAGAUAGGAGAGAGUUGAUUCUCCUUGCCCUUUCACACUCUUCUUUGGCACUCAGGACACUAAGCCAGAAGGACCUGUUUGGGGGUGGAGAAUUCUGGUUGGUAAGUGUCCUGUCAUGAAAACAAUUGUCUUCUAAGUCCUUGCUGCUAUAAAGGGCUCUGCUUAAGAUCACUUACUAGUUAAAAUGCUCGAAAGAUAUGUUACAAUAUAAACAUGGAGUGGGAAAUUGGAGAGUGAUCAUGAAAAACAAAUUUUAUCUUUCACAUGGGUCUCUGUCUUGGUUUGAAACAUACCCAACAUUUCCUACAAAUCAGUGAACUUACAAAGGGGACGUCCUCUUGAACGAAUACUCGCUAUAUUUGAAAAAAUCUAGUGCCUUUUGGGUGUUGCAAGUCGUGGGAUACUGAAGUAGAAUGGCAUUAGAAUUAAGAGUGGCAACAGUUUCAUUUGUGUGGUAAGAUUUGGAAAGCCUUUUAUCACUAAAAUCUUAGAGUACUGAUAGCACAGGAUAUUUUGUUUAAGGAAGAGUGUUUUCGGCUUUCAAAGAAGACAAGGCUGUGUUGUAGAUCUUUUGAUAAUUCACAAAUGCUUGCUUUGACAGAUCAUAGAUAAUGCCUCCUCAACUAAAAAAGCAAUAUGAUGUUUGUAUAUGCUGUUCAUUAUAAGUGUUCUGUUAAGUAAUCAUUUUUCAUUCCAAAGACAAGAGUACAGAAACUUCAGCACUGCUUGGGAGUCUUUAUUUCGACUGCAGAUUUAAUUUUUCCCAUUGGAAAGCUAUUUUCAUUUUAGAAAAAUGGGUUGAAACUCAGUCUUUUCACAAUUUAUUUUGGUUAUACGUUCGUUCGUACAUUCAAAUUAAAUAUUUCAUAGUUUAUUAAAACUACUUUGUUAUUUCUACCACAUCUUAGAAAAAUAAUGAAAAGGAAAAGUUGGUUUUAUUGUUCAUCAGAUUAAAUAAAAAACAGUGGAUUGUGUAGAAUUUGGAGAGAACUAUGUUUCAUAUUUGGUUGAAUCACAACAGUGUUUUUCUUGUUGUGAAAUGUAAUUAAAUGCUUUGCCCUCUGGAACUUGAUUUUGUAUCUGAGACUUAUUAACAGUGGUAACUGCUAACUAUACUGUUCACCCUGUUUUGGGCAUUGGAGUUAAAAAUUUUUCAAUAUGUUCUGUGAAAUAUACCUCUGCAGAUUUUCUCAAGAAACUAGAUUUGGUUGAAAAUUUAUUUUCCUAUUUGAUUUGUACAGUAUGAAGGAUAUGUAAAGCUUUGCUAAAAGUUAUGUGCAUUUGUAAACACUAUCGUGAUAUUUUCAAAUUGAUGUAAAUUUUACUGUGUUUUUGGCAACUGGCGACUGACAUUUAUGGAAGAGAAUCUUUUUCAUUAGGUUUAAUUUUUUUCUUGUCUCAACCUCCGCUUUUAUUUUAAAGGAUUAUAGAAAUCUGCAAAAUGUAUUUUAUAAAUAAGCACAUUUGUAAACUUCUGAACUUUAGUGAAAUAUUUAGUUUAUAAGCAACAUUUGGAGGUGUGUUUAUUGUUUACACUGUAGCUUGGAUGUACAAUUAUUAGGGGCUUCCGAACCCCCCCCAAUGCAACACUGCUAAGAGUGAAAUACAGUUUCUAGCUUUGUAAUUCAAGUUGUCAAAAGCAUCAACAAUGACUAUUACAUGAGGAAACUUUUAGUUCACAAUAUCAGUAAUAUGUUGUGCAAUUAGGCCUAUCAUGUCAAUUGGAUCAAAAUCUCGUGGUUUGUUAAACUAAGCAACUAAGCAUACAUACAUUUUGUGUGGGAACAACUUUGCAUAGAAAACAGGAGGGGGCACCGUGUUAGCGCAUAGGGUAGGGCACUUGCCUCAAACUUGACCAGCCUGGGUUUGAUCCCUAGCACCUCAUAAUAAUCUCUUAAGCCUCUCCAGAAGUCGUCUGUGAGUGCAGAGCCAAGAGUGUGUCCUGAACACCAUCAGGUGUGGCUCAAAAGAAACAAAAUUAAAACAGUAAUGUCUGAGAGCCCUAAUCAAAAGCCCCCAACUGGAUUUUGUCAUUAUUUACAGGUGUGAGUCAGGUGUUUAAAAUCUACUCAUCACUUGGAAGAACACUAAAAAUUAGUAAAGAAACUGAAAAUUGGGGGCCGGAGCGAUAGCACUGCGGGUAGGGCGUUUGCCUUGCACGCGGCUGGCCUGGGUUCAAUCCCCAGCAUCCCGUAAGGUCUCCCCAGCACGCCAGGAGUAAUUCCUGAGUGCAUGAGCCAGGAGUAACCCCUGUGCAUCGCCGGGUAUGACUCAAAAAGAAAAAAAAAAAAAACCCUAAAAAUUACUACUGGCCAAACCUUUUGCUAAGAAUUCCUGACAUUGAUCCCUUUUAACAAUCAUUUCCCAUUCUUGAAAAAAUUGCCAGAUAUAAUUUUUUUUUACUGGCUGUUCUACAGUAAUACAAACUGUAAAGACCAAACAAUAAAAAAUUGCCAGUAUGACCCCAGUUUUGCCAGCAGAUGUUGCCUUGGCAUUAUUUAGCAGAAGUUUUAUCUAUAAAGUUGAGGUCUUGAAUAUUGCUCAAUAAACUUAUCAUAAAACAAAACAGGCUGAUGCUUUUAAAUGUUUCAACUGCACCAGAAUACUGAGCUCUAAUUCCUGGUAAUCUUUGUUUUGUUUUUAAACUUCUAAAAAUGUUUUGUGCCUUUGGAAAGGUGGAUUUGGUGAUUUGGAGAUAAGUUGCUGCCUAACAUUGUCUGCUAAUGCUUAAAUAUGGAAAGAAGAUUGCUGGAUCAGCAGGGAGGAAACUUGAUUCUAGGUCAAACCUGUAAUACCCACCUUUUUCAGACUUUAAAAAACUACAUGUAAAGAGCAAACAAGAUUCACCUUUUCAUAGUCUUAAAAGGCACUUUGAAAUGCCCUUUUAAAAAACAAUUGCUUUUGGAAGUGGGGAAAUAUAUUACUAGGGUACAUUGAUAAUUACAUGGUACCUGUUAAACUUAGUUUAUCCAUUUUUUUCCCUUGUAUUGGAUUAGUAUGUGAGGUAUAUAAGAUGUAGAAGGGGAUAGAGGAAUAAAAAUAUUGAUGCUUAUUA